CGUGUAAAGAUGCAGAGAGUGACAGGAUGCACUCACCUGUUACCAACACACACCUAUUGCGGCGAUUUCCGGGUUCGAACAUAUUUUGUUGCAGCAGGUGUUUCCAAAGGUGGAUGAAGUCACCGAUGUCUUCAUGGCAAGAAGACGACUCGGCGAUGUGCGCCUAGCAUGGCGGUGGCCCCCGCAGCGACCACCCAGGGAUGGCGCUCAUCGGUGAACUGGACCCCCCAGCCCCGCGGCGUGUCCCGGCGAUCAGCGCUCAUGCUGGGUUCCCUGCUCACCGCUCUCCUCGUCCUGCUGCUGCUGCUACAUUGCCUGUCCGCCACAACCAGCCGGCCGGACGCGGAGUUCAGCGCGGACUCAGCGGUGUGGAAGAGGAGGCUGGAAGGGGCGACAGGCUACGCGGCCUCCAGGCGCUCCUCGCGGGCGCUCGCAGACGAGCGAGGCGGGCUGUCGGUGUUGGAGCCACCGGAGGAGGAGGAGGAGGCUGCUCUCCUGGCAGCUCCCCGGAGGGUGUCACCGAGGUUCGCAGGUAGACUCAGCCCGCUGUGGGAGGGCACCAAGAAGCUGCCCCAGGCGCUCAUCAUCGGCGUGAAGAAAGGAGGAACCCGGGCUCUGCUGGAGUUUCUCCGGGUCCAUCCUGACAUUAGGGCCGUGGGGGCCGAACCGCACUUCUUUGACCGCAACUACGACAAGGGCCUGGAGUGGUACAGGGAUCUGAUGCCCAAGACCCUGGAAGGCCAGAUCACCAUGGAGAAGACCCCCAGCUACUUUGUGACCAAAGAGGCUCCGGCCCGGAUCUCGGCCAUGUCCCGGAAGACCAAGCUGAUCGUGGUGGUGAGGGACCCGGUCACCAGGGCCAUCUCGGACUACACGCAGACGCUGUCCAAGAAGCCCGACAUCCCCUCUUUUGAGAGCCUCACUUUCAAGAACAGGACUACGGGGCUCAUCGACACGUCGUGGAGCGCCAUCCAGAUCGGGAUCUACGCCAAGCACCUGGACAACUGGCUGCAGUACUUCCCCAUGGAGCAGAUCCUCUUUGUGAGUGGCGAGCGGCUCAUCAGGGACCCGGCCGGAGAGCUGGGCCGCGUGCAAGACUUCCUUGGCCUCAAGCGCAUCAUCACCGACAAACACUUCUACUUCAACCAGACCAAGGGCUUCCCGUGCCUCAAGAAGGCCGAGGGCAGCAGCAAGCCCCACUGCCUGGGCAAGACCAAAGGCCGCACCCACCCCGACAUCCACCCCGAGGUUGUGCAGAGGCUACGCGACUUCUACCGGCCCUUUAACAUGAAGUUCUACCAGAUGACCGGACGCUUGUUUGCCUGGGAGGACUGAAAGUGCCUCGCUGGGAGAAUAUCAGGGUGAACAUGAGGGACAUCUCAUCAAGACUCCAAAAUAUUAGCAAACCUGGAAGAAAUGAUCAGGAUGAAGCCAACAUUUCCACUGAGACACACUUUUAGUUUGAAAGGAUGGUUGCAAGCACUUGCACAUUACAGUGGAACCUCAGUUUUCCUCAUUAAUCCGUUCCAAAAACUCAGACGAAAACCGAAACAUGCGAAAACCGAAGCUAUAUUUUCCAUAGUUAGUAAAAGCCAUUGAAUCUUUUCCAGAGACCCAAAUAAAUAAGUAAAAACACGUUUUCUAGAGAUGAUAGUUUUAUAUGUGGAAAACAACGGAAAGUUCUAAAGGAUGGACGGUUAGAGCUGUUUACACUUCAGCAGCAGGUGCAAUCAUUUCACACACACUGCCUCUUCUUCUGUCUGCGUCUCCCUUAAAAUGCUCCCCCUGCAACCUGUGUUAACUCGGAACCUUCACCCUAUUGUCACAGACGCUACCGCUUCUUUCUUCAAUUCAAUCCUCUUUCUCACCUUCUUCAUCAAAGUUGUGCCACUUCAUUGGCAUCACGGUGCCUUAUUUUGCAGCCCAAAAAAGCACACAGAAAUACACGGUGUGCUUGAAUGCCUCACCAGCACAAAACAGUGCUUAUUAGGUGGAAGAAAGGAGAAAGAUAUAAGAGUUGUUCACCGUUCUGUGUGCGUUUUAUGAAAAAUUAACCACACACACGCAAAUAUUAAAGAUGUGUUAAAGGAUUUUCUUUGCCAAAUCCAAAAAAAUUAUAAAAAAUGUAAAAAAACAAAUAAAAAUAAAAAAAAGGUUAGCAACCACAUUAUUUCUGCCAAAUUAUAUUUUAAAAAUGAAUAAAAUCUUCUUUUUUUUUCUAUAAAUCAAGAAAUUGUCCUCAUGGAUCUAUGCAUUUUGUUUGCAUUUCCUGAUAAGGAACUAAAAACGUAUAUGCUUACAAUCAUUAUCAUAAAUACAUAUAAUAAUAUCUUGAUUUAAUUAAAUUGUUAUUUUUGUAAAUGAAUAUAAAAACAUUUUAACAAAUAUUUAAUAAUUUUUUUCAUUAUAUAUAAUUCUCAAAUUAAUUACAUAUAAUGGAUCAUAUAUAAAUAUAAAUACUAUACAUUUCGGUCCCUAUUACCGCUCGGAUGAGACCAAAAACUAGACGAACGAAUCGCGCUAGGCUAGCACGGCGAAUAAUGUUUGUUAAUGCCAGAUGAGGCUAUCUGUAAUUGUUGGGCAAAAGCACUGGAUAAACAACAGAUAUUUUCCAGAGCUGUGCAAGCGAGGGUGGAACAACGUUAGAACAACGUUCAGAGGAGGCCCCGCCCACCAGACUGCCGUUGAAAUGGAAACAAAAUGUAUACAGUCCCUUGCAAUAUCGUGGUUCGAUUAUCGCUGCCUCACUAUAUUGCGUUUUUGCAGAAAGGAAUGAAUGAAGAGGUGGUAGACUCUGGUCUAUUAUUAGUCAAAACAUGUUUAAAUAGAAAUUAUAUGUAUUGUAGUAUUGUUUAGACGACAUAAAUUCGAGGCUAACUGGUGUGCUCACUAGCUCGCUAGGUUGUGAGCUUGAUAACACGCUAGCUAGCGUCUGUCUCGAGUUAUGCAAUGUGUUGUAUACAAAGACUAACAGGAGUGUAAAGGUGACUCAUAGGCGUGAUAUUUCAUGUCUAAACGGCUCCAAUAAUGGUAAAACCUGUAUUUACAAAAUCAUAAACAGGUUUUCUAUAUGAAAAUGUUCUAUUUGUCCUUGAAUCCUUUAUCGCAGGCGGGUCUGGAAUCAAUUACCCGCUAUAAACGAGGGACGACUGUAGUUUCAUGAGGACACUUUUAUUUUUAGACUAAAGCAGCCAUUUUUAUUUAAUGUUGUUAAAAAAAAAAUCAAUUCCAUUAUUUUUGUUUGUGUAUUGUUUGUUUUUGUUUUUUUAAUUCAAAAUUUUUUUUUUGCUUUAUUGGAUAAAAAGACACAAAUUUCUCUCCAUACUGUUUGACCGUCCAAUAACCGAAACAAUGUACAAAGAGCGAGGCGUAUUUUUGGCAGUGAUGGUCAUCGAAACCCGAGGUUCCACUGUAUCUGGAUUCAACAUUUGAACAAAAUCCAUUUCCGUGGCUCCUAGCUGAUAUACUACGACGGAGUAUGAGGGCCACUUUUUCUUCUUUUUUUUUUUUUUUUAAAGCUGAGAUUUUGAGAAUAAAGUUGUAAAUUUCUUAUUUACGAGGAAAAAAUGUCAUAACAUUACCUGUGCCCAAGGUCAAAGGUCACAUAAAUCCCCCCUUUUCAUAGCUGUGUCAGACAAUGCCUGUUAUGACGGAGUAUUAAAAUAAUGUGAAAUUUCAAGAAUAAAAUCGUAAAAUUUCGAGAAAAAAGUUGUAAAUGUGUGACAAAAAACUCGUAAUAUUCCGAGAAUAAAGUUUGACAUUUCCAAGACAAAAGGUCUACCUUUAUGUUACAGGCAUUGGCUGAGACAGCUAUGAAAAUGGGGGACUUAUGUGACCGUUGGUCUUGGGCAUGUGGGCGGGGUAAGCAAGGCGGAAGUGAGAAGGGCUAGUCAUGCUAAUCUACGUAGAUAGAUAGAUAGAUAGAUAGAUAGAUACUUUAUUAAUCUCUAAGAGAAAUGCUCAGCUGCUCUGGUUUGCUGCCACGUUAUAAAUAAAAGCUCGCCUGAAGCAAGAGGAAAGUUUCCUUCCUUCCUGAAGAGUUAUGCUCUAGUUUCCGUCUGACACGUAUGACACCACCACACCUCAUAUUAGGACUUGAUACGAUUUUAUUAUAAAGUCGUAAAUUUACACAUUUUUUUUUCCGUAAAUUUACUACUUUAUUCUUGUAAAUUUAUGACUUUUUUCUCGUACGUUCACAACUUUAUUCUUGUUAAUUUACUAGUUUAUUCUUGUAAAUGUGACUUUUUCUCGUACAUUUACAACUUUAUUCUUGUAAAUUUACUACUUUAUUUUUGUAAACUUACUAUUGUAAAUUUACGACUUUUUUCCCGUAACGUACAACUUUUUUUCUCAGCCGUAAAGUUACGACUUUUUUCUCCGUCGUAAAUUCACUACUUUAUUCUUCUUUUCUCGUAAAUGUACUACCUUUUUCUCAGUUGUAAAUUUACAACUUUAUUCUUGUAAACGUACUAUUGUAAGUUUACGACUUUUUUUCUCAUAAAGUUACAACUUUUUUUCUCAGCUGUAAAGUUACGACUUUUUUCUCCAUCGUAAAUUUCAAGAUUUUUUCUCGUCAUAAAUUUACUACUGUAUUCUUCUUUUCUCGUAAAUUUACUACUGUUUUCUCAGUUGUAAAUUGACAACUUUUUACACGUAAAUUUCUGACUUUAUUCUCUAAAUCUCAGAUUUUUUCCCCCCCCAAUGUGGACCUAAUACUCCGUUGUAAUAGAGAAAUCAUAGCUUUACCAGAACAUGUUAGAGCAGGGGUCUCAAACUCAAUUUCACUGGGGGCCACUGGAGGUAGAGUGUGGUUGAGGCUGGGCCACAUCAAGUAUUGGGAGUAGGGCUGGGAAUCUCAGGGUACCUCACGAUACGAUACCAUUCACAAUACAUCCAUGUGAUAACACCACUGUUGCUUGCCCGGAUGUUGCGGGCUGCAGUUAUACUAUUCUUUGAUGUCCAGUCACGGGCCGUAAGAUACGAUUGGGGUGGGCCGCAAAUGGCCCGCGGGCCGCGAGUUUGAGACCCCUGUGUUAGAGCGUUGCCUUUAAAAUCACAAAAUCCUGAUUCAUUUGUUCCUUUUGUUUCCUGGAAAGCUGAGUUGGAGACAAAGUAGUCCAGUCUUCCCUUGCUGAAAUAUGCAAUAUGUUACACUUGCAGUUGUGUGUGUCGUCCUGGAGUGAUCCGACGCUACAGAAGGUACACUUGUUUGUUGUGUUUUGUUUGGUGGUGAUACAGAUUGACACUAGAGUGAUUGAAUGCCAUAUAUACGUGUGUAUGUGUGUGUGUGUGUGUGUGUGUAUAUAUAUAUGUACAUAUAUACACACACACACAGAUUUUAAAGCCUACACAGCCGCUUUUGAAGCAUAACAUUUUUCUAUCCAGAAGAAACCAAGUAUAAGAAGUAUUUUUGCAAAUGUAUUUAUUCCACACAUAUUUUGGAUAAGUACGCGGUGCGAGUGUUGAACGCUUCAGCUUUCACUUCCACUCUUAUUUUUGUCCAGCGUCGCCUUCCACCUAACAAAGUUAACGCUCGCCGUCACCCGAGGUCCUCUGGAGUUGGGGGGGCUGUCCCGAGGCGGGACUCGAGUUUCCCUUAACGUGCCUCCUCGAGAACCGAACCCACUUGAUGUCACUUUGCCUCGAGGCCGGCGUGUUGCGAGGAAGCAAACAAUGGGCGACUUGUGUUGCUCAUUUGUGUGGACUUGUACCAGCAGAUGUGCAUCAAAAGAAAUGCAAUCAUUGGCAGGGUGGGGGGGUUUGAAUAAAAAGAUGUGAGAAAGAUGCUGGUCUCAGUUAAAUGUACAGGACACAUUCUUGUCGGAUAUUUUUACCACUAAGCCAGUGGUGUCCAAAGUGCGGCCCGGGGGCCAUUUGUGGCCACCCGGCUUUUUUUAUUGGUCCUAAAAACAUAAUUUAACAAGAAAACAAAAACAAAAAAAAAUGUACCAGAAAUUUUUUUUAAAAAAUCAGCAGUAAUUUUACAAGAAUAAAACUGUAAAUCUAAUGAGGAAAAAGUCAUAGUUUUACAAGAAAUAAUGUAGUUCUAUGAGGCAAAAUAAUGUCAUUUUAGUAGCAUAAAGUUCAACGAAAAAAGCCGUUAUUUUUUUGGGAACGUGGUAACACAAGAAACAACAACAAAUAAAGUUGUCAUUGUUAUGAGAAGAAAGUCAAAAUAUUAUGUUAAUAAAGUCAUGAUAUUACAAGAAGAAAGUUGAAAUAGUUGGAAAAUGUUUUAAAAACCCAGCAGAAAUGGAAAAAAACAGCUGUGAUUUUAUGAGAAUAAGGUAAAAAAAAUUGUGGAAUAUUAUGAGGAAAAAUUAAGUCAGUUUAAAAGUAUAGAGUUGAAAUUUUAAAGAAAAAAAUAUGCUAUUUUUUAAAAGUCGGAAUAUGAUGAGAAACAAAACAAAAAAUAAAUAAAGUUGUCAUUUAUGAAAAAUUUGUUUGAGGAAAAGUCAUAACGUUCCGAGAAUAAAGUCAAAAUAUUAUGACAAUGAAGUCAUAAUUACAAGAAGAAAGUUGAAACGGUUGGGGGCAAAAAAACCACAAAAAAAACGAGAAUAAAAUCAAAAUAUGAAGAGAAAGAAGUUGCAUUCUAACCAGAAAAAAACUGCAAUUAUAUAAGAAUACAUUUGUAAUAUUAUGAGAAAAAAUUGUGUCAUUUUAGUAGCUUAGAGGAAAACGUCUUUUUUUUUAAGUCAUCAUAUGGUGGGAAGCAAAAUAAAGUUAUUAUUUGAAAAUUUGAUUGGGGAAAAGAGUUAUAAUAUUAUGGGAAUAAAGUCAUAUUACAAAAAGAAAAUGUACAAAGAUUAUUUAAGAAGAAUGUUGAAAUGUUUGGAAAAUAAAAAGAGCAAAGAGUGAAGUUGAUAUUAAUGUUUUUCACCUACAGUAUACUGUAUGACACAGCUGAGAUGAAAUAUAUCUUAUAACUAGUUAGCAUAUCUGCAUGUGUUGCUUUACAAAAUAUCAAAGUGGCAAAGUUGCAGCCUUUCAUUUUUCACUAUGUGGCCCUCACUGGUAAAAAAAAACAACCAAAAAACCUUUGGACACUCAUGCACUAAACGCAUCCAUUAAAAGUCCUUUUCCCCAAAACCAGAAGCAUUUAUGCAAACCUGGUUAUCAAAUUGUGUGAAAUUCCAGGGCCGACACUGGAAUGUCCAUGAAUAUAUUUUAAACACUCGGUUUAUAUACGUAUUUGCCAGUGUCACAGGUAUCCAGAUGUGUUCACCAGUAGAGUGUGUUAGUUGUCAUUGGGGGGGCCUUACCCCCAGAUUUACUCCUAGAAAGGCACUCCUGGUUACCUCAAAUUGACAAAUGUACCAUGUCGCUAGGCCUGUCACGAUAAAUUUUGCUGGUUGUAAGUGUCCUACAAAUUAUUGUCGAUAAGCGAUAUCAUUGACAACAUGUUUUGAGACCAUGUUUUCAUUAAUUAUUUGGCAGUACCUCGUAUCAAAAGCAACAAACUUUCAUUUCUGAAUAGUAUUUAACAUUGUAAUUGGAAUGUCAAAAGAUUUUAAAUACAUUUAACAAUAAAAAGAACAAUGAAAAUAAAAUGGACUGUCUCUCUUAAGAAAAAAAACACUGCAAUAAAAACCACACACACAGGCAGUUAUGUAGUGUAUUGUUAAACGAAUGUAGGGGGUCAUAUUUGAGCUGCACCACAUAUCUGUGGUGGCAGAGUAAAAUGCGAUGUUUCCGAUGUUCGUUCUCUCAGGCAAUUCUUCCUGUCUGUCAAACAUUUUUAACAUUUCUCCAUGUGUUGCAUUUCUUUCGCAAUGUAGCAGUGACUGACUGUCGGGACGUCCGUUUUAGGUGUGCAAACACAUUGGUCGUAUUCCCCAGAUUCCCCCAUCACUGCUUUUGACAUAUCAGUUCGUCAGUGUUCAUGCACUCACCUUGUUCGUUCUGUUUAAAACCGAAAUGUUCUCACACCGUCGUUCAUGUUAGCGUAUGAUGGCUAAUUAGCUGGGACACAGAGGGGAUGAGAUGACAGGAGGGUUCACUCUGUUCAUUCCACCAAAGCGGACAAACGGCUGCAGAGCCGUCCAGCCUGAAAGAGAGACGAGGAACACAAACACGAAGGCGUGCACGUGUCAGUUUAUGGAGGCCGCUGAAAAUGGUGGACGUCACUUUUUUUUUUUUAUCGUUUUACUUUGGAUUAAUCGAUUUAGCGAUUAUCGUGACAGGCCUACGUGUUGCCUUCACUGAACAUGUGAAUAAUGGAAAUAUAAAUCAUCAGUUUCUAGCAAGAUUUAAAAUCACACAUGUGUAAAAAGAAGAGAAGCACUGCUAAUAGUGAAAGCAACAAAGUUAAAGGAACAACCAACUUUACGGAGUCUGCAGAG